AUGAAGUUCGUGCUUCUCGUCUUAGCUAUUCUUCAAACAAUAAAUAUCGUCUUGGCUGACACCACAUCAUCUACAGUAACUCCAAAGACCACCUCGACUAUCGCCGACAUAACGAGCACGUCUCUCCCAACAACAGCCAGCACAUGUGAGGACGAUCCCAAUGUGAAUUGUGCGAAAUUGAAACCACAGUGUUCGGAUCCGCGCUAUGAUGAGCUCAUGAAAAGAUACUGCCCCAAAACGUGUGAUAGGUGUGGUGAAUCAGGUACAACAAAAGGGACGUGUUAUGACAAUUCCACAGAAUGCGCAGUUUGGGACGCUAAUGGAUUCUGCAAUAGCACCUUCUACACAGAACCAAUCAAGAAGCAGUACUGUGCAAAAACUUGUGACCUGUGCUGA